AUGUCCAAACACCCUGCACCAACUGAGCCAGAGCAGAAUGCCAAACAUGUUAGAUUCAAAGAUAUGCAACUCUCAGAUAUUUCAGGUGUUAUUUUCAUUCAUACCUUUGGGGUUCCAGCACUAUCGCCCUUGCAGGAUCCCGUCGCUUGGGAGAUUCUAGAGCGGUUUAUAAUGACAGAUCUGACUUAUGGUCAGAUGGAAGAAGAGUUUCAUGCAUACCUCGGCGAUCAUCACUGCCUUCUCAAUUGGAUGGAAGCCAGACUCAUGUUGUUCUCUGGCGAUGGUAAUGACAAAACUUCAUUGGCCAAUCUCCUUGCCGUGAAGCAUAAGCACAUCUUGGCCAUGCCAACUGGAUUAAUGAACUCCCAAUUGAGUUCAGUGUCUGGAUCAUGCACUUCUCAGCAUCAUUCUUGCAUACGUAAGAAUCCGGAUAUCGACAUUGAAGCAGAACAGGGUGACAACAACAACAACAACAACAACAACAACAACAACAAAGAAGAUAACCAAGAGGAGGAGGAUAUUGAGAUCGACAAUGGCCCCCUCAGAUGUGCCAAGGUCAUGCUCCUACCAGGACCAAAGUGUAAACUCUUUGAUACAGAUCAUGCAUUUGGCGGUUCAGUCAAGUUAGCAUUUGACUUGGAUGGUCUGUGUAAGGAGGUGGAGGCUAGACUCAAGGACAUAGAGCCCAUGUUCUAUGUAGGCGAAGAAGUUUGUGUUGUAGCAGGAGAUUACUUGGGACUCCAAGGUCAUGUCAUCCAAAGAAACAAUGAUAUCUUUUGCAUUUGUUGGUCCGGGACACAGGAAGAGGUCGAGGUCUCCAAGUAUUAUUUAGAGCAUUGUCCAAUUGAUCGCACUGUUAAAGCCCACAUGUCAACUCAAACAUGUCAACCCCCCGCAGGAAUCAAAGUCCAUCAAAAUCAGCAACUUUGUCUAAGUCUUAAUUGGAGAUUGGAUUGGAAAAGUGGGUUUGUCCAAUGGGUGUCCAAUGGUAUCAUUUGGUUCCAGGAUGAGGGGGAACUGUUGAGGAAUGAUGCUGGCAGUGAUGUAGCCCCGCUUUUCAUCCAAGUUGAAGCCGUGAUGGUCAAAUGCACCUGCCUUCCAGCUACCCUCAAAUUUACUAGGAAGCAUCGCUACAAUGUCAGCGUCACUCGUGGACCCAAAUUUUGCACAGAGUGGGAGGUCACUGUUCCAAUUCGAUUUGUCAUGAAGAUGCAUAAUAUCAACCUUGACACAUUCAACAAAUACAUCAAGAAGGAGGUAUUCAUCAUUGGAGGCCCAAAGAAGGGCUUCCGAGCAACGCUAAAGUCAUAUGUGACAGCACCACCCAAAAGUAUUACCCCUCCGCUUGAGAGAAUCACACCCUCUGCCCUUGCCUCUUGUUUAGCCAUUACCUGGGAGACCUGGUCCCCAGAGGUCCUCACUGCGAUAUCUUUGCAAAACAAUAAUGUUGGACCUUCAACAGAAGAUCCCUGGACUGUCAACUCCAGUGACACCAUUAUUAAACCAACCCCACCAAAACCAUGCAACCCAAUUUGCUGGCUGAAGGAACAUGCCUCACAGUUCCAUGACUACCACACCCUCUUUAACAUCUCAGUGGGUUUCCAAGGCAGCAAGUUACUCAAGCAGCCCAAUGGUCCUGCCCCUUCAGGCCACAUCUCAGCAUGGGCCACUGCCAAAACUGCAGGAGGCACUAGGGUGGACUACCAAAUCCCUGUUGAAUGUCUCACUCCAGCUCAGCCCUGA